GAGGACGAGAUCUUUAAAAAACCGUUCCAAAGUGUUAAAAGCUAAUUAGAUUACAUUUAAAUAUUAAUAUUUUUCAUUUAUUUCAAAUAAGAGUUGGCCUUAAUGUUCCAUUUUUAUUCUUAGGUAGUUCCUACAUUAUAUUCUGCAAAAUAUUAAAUCCGGUCGUAUCUUAUGUCUAAGGGAUGCUAUGAUCCGAUCCGAUCUUUUCUUCAAAAAUAUCGUCACAUCCCUAAACUUAGAUAUAUCUACAUUUUACUACCUACAAGUGCAAAAUAUAGUUAACAAAUUUUACUGCCAUAGUACGGAGCACGUACCUAUUCCUAAAUUAUUAUUAAUUUCUCUACAUAGAAGUGACCUACGCUCAAGAAAUUAUAAUAUUACAAAUAUGGCAAACAUAGCAGCUAAACGUGUGAAAAGAGAAAUUAAAGAAGUAGUGAAAGGUGGAGAGUUAUACUUGGAACUUCUUACAUAAAUUUGUCUCUGUAAUACUUAAUAAUCAUUUUAUAUACCAAUCAAUAUGCAACAUGGUAGCUGCAAUAAAUUAAUGUUAGAGUUCAAUUAGUUUAAUGUGGAAGGGUUCAUUGAAAUUAGAAGUUGUAAGUAAUAGUUGGACAGAUUUACUUGGAGAAAUCACUGGUCCACCUGAUACACCAUAUGAAGGUGGGAUUUUCAAACUAGAGAUCAAAAUCCCAGAAACAUAUCCAUUUACUCCACCAAAGGUACGUUUCAUAACAAAAAUCUGGCACCCGAAUGUAUCGUCAGUAACUGGUGCUAUCUGCUUAGAUAUCUUGAAGGACCAAUGGGCCGCAGCACUCACCCUUAGGACAGUAAUGCUAUCUAUACAGGCAUUACUUGCUGCAGCUGAACCAAAUGAUCCUCAAGACGCGGUUGUAGCGAAGCAAUACAUAGAAAACCAACAAAUGUUCACACUUACAGCGCGACACUGGACUAAUGUCUAUGCAGAGGGCCCAUCUGGGGUCUGGGAAUUUAAUCAAAAAGUACAGUUAUUGUUAGAAAUGGGUGUUGAUGAGCACAAAGCGCGCGUAGCUCUUUCAACAUACAAUUGGGACGUUGAAGACGCAACUGAACAAUUAUUUAGUUAGUAAAAAGAUACAUACAAUAAAUUAUCAUUAAAAUUGCGAUUUCACCAUACACGUCCAUGAGAAUGUGUCUAAUAUAAUAUAUUAGACACACAUUCACGAGAAUGUGUCUAAUAUAAUAUAUUAGACACACAUUCACGAGAAUGUGUCUAAUAUAAUAUAUUAUUAUAAUAACCAGACUAAAACAGUAAACCAAUCAACUUUAUACACACAAUUUAUAGAUAGCAUAAAAAUAAACUAUAAUAUUUCCAUUUGCUAUAAAACAGCGGGUCUUAAUAUAGCCUUAUUAGUGACUAGGCGUCUACUACGUAGGUGUCUGACGAAAAUAAUUAAGAAUAUAAUUAUUAAUUUUAAUAAUUAUAAAUGAUUUGAUGACGAAAAAUUGUGAAUGCUUUUUGUCACAUUACAAUAUUAAAAUUUAUACAUCAAAUAUUUGACUGUUCAUGAUGCCUUAAUUUGAAUCAAGUUACGCUUACCAUACAAUGAAAUCCAUGUUUCAAUUUGAAUAAGAAAUUAAGAAGUUGAAUCUAAUUUUGUACUAAUAGAUAUAUCUGUAAUAAAAAAUAAGCCAUGUGUGAGCUCAAGUUAGGUGUGGACAAACAUCGAGAUAAUUGUUAUAAGUAUGACUUAACUGAACGCCUAGUUGUAAUUUUAAGAAACAACUGGUUCUUAUGAAUUUUGUAAUCAUGAUUACAUUAAACUAUUUACUACAAGAAUGUUUCUACCAAAAUAAGUUGAACAAUUUAUUUACCUUUAAAUUUGACAUCAUCGAUCACCAUAGCAUACCUAAGCAAAGAAAACUAUACGAUUAGAGUUAUGAAAUAAUUUAAUUAUUAAAAUUUGGAAAUGGAAUGUUAUCUAGAUCAGUGGUGUUCAUGUGUGUCUUUUUAGUCGGUAUAUUGUAUAUUGGUUUUUCUUUGUUGUACCUACCGCCAUUACUAUUCUAUAUAUAUAAUACUAAUUUUAAUGGUCAAACUUGUUUCACAGUUUGUGUAUAUACAUUAGGAGAAGCAACAUUGUAAUUGCAAUUAUAAAAAUAAAUUGCAUUCUUUGUGUUAGAGGAGUAACAAGCUA